UGUUUCCCAAUCCACAAGUGCACUGUGGCAUUCGGUGUGCUGGGAAGACGCCCUGGGCGUGCCUGUCUUAUCUGCCUAGCUUCUAACUGUCACUGCAACCAUAUCUCAUUCUGCAGCCUGAUGUUGCAUGCCCAAGGUCAGAGGUUCCUAACCCAUAGGAGUCCUUGGGAGCAGGGGAAGCUCACUUAACAAGGCAUUCCCAUGAUGUGGCUGUUUUUAACAACAACCUGUUUGAUUUGUGGAACUUUAAAUGGUGAUAGAUUCUUUAAUUUCGAAAACGAAGCAAACCCUGAAGUGUGGAUGAAUAUUAGCGAAAUCAUCACCUACAAUGGCUACCCCAGUGAGGAGUAUGAGGUCGUCACUCAAGACGGGUACAUCCUCAGCAUCAACAGGAUUCCCCACGGGAGAAGAGCUACUAGCAGCACAGGACCAAGGCCAGUUGUGUACAUGCAACAUGCGCUGUUUGCGGACAAUGCCUCUUGGCUUGAGAAUUAUGCCAAUGGGAGCCUUGGAUUCAUUCUUGCAGAUGCAGGUUAUGACGUCUGGAUGGGGAACAGUCGGGGCAACACUUGGUCAAGAAGACACAAAACACUGUCAGUGACUGAAGAGAAAUUCUGGGCCUUUAGUUUUGAUGAAAUGGCCAAAUAUGACCUCCCAAGAAUAAUAGACUUCAUUGUACAUAAAACUGGGCAGGAGAAGUUGUAUUUUAUUGGACAUUCACUUGGCACUACAAUAGGGUUUGUGGCCUUUUCCACCAUGCCGGAAGUGGCACAAAGAAUCAAAAUGAAUUUCGCCUUGGGUCCCGUGGUCUCAUUCAAAUAUCCAAAGAGCAUUUUUACCAGUUUUUUCCUACUUCCAAGUUCUGCAAUCAAGAGACUUUUUGGUACCAAAGGUUUCCUUUUAGAAUAUAAAUCAGAGAAGCCACCUUCUAUCAAAAUCUGUAACAAUAAAGUAUUAUGGGUGUUAUGUAGUGAAUUAAUGUCCUUAUGGGCUGGAUUCAACAAGAAAAAUAUGAAUAUGAGUCGGAUGGACGUGUAUAUGUCACAUGCUCCCACAGGAUCUUCGGUACAGAAUAUCCUGCACAUAAAACAGCUUUACCGAUCUGAUGAAUUCAGAGCUUACGACUGGGGAAGUGAAGCUGAGAACAUGCGUCACUACAAUCAGAGUCGUCCCCCACUGUACGACUUGACGACCAUGACAGUGCCCACUGCAGUUUGGGCUGGUGGAAAUGAUGUUCUUGUGACCCUCGAGGACGUGGCCAGGGUACUCCCCCAGAUCGGGAAUCUCCAUUACUUCAAGCUGUUGCCAGACUGGAACCACUUUGAUUUCAUCUGGGGCCUUGAUGCUGCUCAACGGGUGUACAGUAAAAUCAUAGAUUUGAUGAAGGCGUAUUCUUAACUUCAGUACAUCUACUUUUAGUUAAAAGUUGCUUCCAAGCCCAUGAGGCUUUGGGAAAAAUGAUAAUUAUCAGCUGUGUGGUCUACCCCAACAUCCUCCACCUUGUUGAUGUUGCUGAGUGUUCCCUUAUCAUGGAGUCUCGACAGGGAAUUAUUUCAACUGUGCUGCUCUGUCUCUGAGAAAUGUCCACACCUGGAAUCUCAGAGUCUUUUCCCUUCAGUCAGAGUCAGGCCCCCUUCUUCAUCCAGGAAGGCCCAGUAAACUUAUCUUUGCUAAAUGUACACUUGAGAGGGGAAUUAAAAGAGGAUUUUUCUUUCCUAUUUCAAGUAUAUACAGUGGCUUCAUGAAAAUGAUACUUGCUUCCCAUCCCCCUUUUCAAAGGAUUGCAUCAAGCUUAGGAGUGCUGGCCUAGAGAACAAGGACUCGUCAAAGCAGCUGUUUGGGAAUAUAUUCUGGGUGGCUGUGAGCCUGUGGCUUCCUCAGAGUCAUAUUUAAGGCUGUAGUCAUUAUGGCUAUAUACAUGCAAACCAAGAAAUAAAGCCUGGUCCAUGUCAAGCAUGAAAGAAAACAGCAGAAUGAAAAACUGACUGAAUUCCAGUAUUCUAGGAGCUUGUUUUACUUGUUACGAGCUAGAAAAAAAAAUGAGAGACAAAAUUGGGGAUGUCUAGGCUAAACUAAAUUACUAAUUACUAAACCUAUGUACUAUAGGUCACCGUCUUAAUAACAAGGUAAAAUUAAUAAAGCUUUUGAUAAUAGUGUACUAGAGCUUAUUGACAGUAGGAAAUAGUCUUAAUUUAUAACAUAUGAGGAAUAUCGCUCUUGUUUUGCUCUAAAGAUAAACUCAGCUAAUCAACCAUUACAUCUUCAUCAUCCAAGUAGAAUAUACACAGCUGCAUUUGUACCUACGUGCCUAAAGCAGUUCCUGGGAAGCCCAAUUUAGACCCAGCAGGGGAGGCACUUGGAAUAUCCAAACUCCUGCUUUGUUCAGUCUCCAAAUGGUGCCAGACACUGAUUUCUAGGAUUUAGUAGAGUUUUAAGAGUACCACGGAGUUUUAGUAUCAGUUCAGGCUAUACAUUUAUAUUACAUGCAUUUUUUCUGUUGAUAUAUUUCAAUAAAAAUAUUUUUGUAGAAAUGCUAAGCUUCUCUGCUUUAAAUUAAUACACUAAGAAGUAUAGAAGAAAAUAAUGCCCCACUAAUCCCAUACCACUACUUUUUAUACUGUAGCUCUGCAUAUGAUAGCAAAUAUAUUGCCCAUCAGAGAGCUGAGUAAUAACUUAGUUUUGCUAAGAGUUUUACAUGAAAUAUCUCAUUUGAAACUUACAGCUCUAUGAGAUAGUACUAUGGUAAUUUUCAUUUUACAGAGGAGAAAAUUGAGGAACAGAGAAAAAUAAGGCAUAUAAGCCAAAUGUGCCUAAGACUAUACAAGUAAAGGAGUCGUGAUUUUAACCCAGGAAGUCUGAUAUCCCCAAAUCCACACUUCAGCUUAUCCUUGUGUAAAUGUUUAGAGGUUCCAUAAAAGACAGUGGUCAUAUUUGUAUUAACCUAGGCUGAAAUUACCUGGAAAAUUAAGGAAGC